UGUGCGCAUGUCGACGCUUCUCGUGUUCAGCUGCGGACGUGCGUAGUGAGUUUCCGUGAAUGGGUGGAGGAGAAAUUGGAAUGUUGGGUUUGCGGCAAGGUAAAAUGAAAGAAUUCUGCUGAAAAGAUGGGGUUCCUUUCAUGCCCGGCAGCUUACGUCGAGGAUUGACAGGUUGUAACCAAGGACUCUCUUCGAGCAUUUUGCAGAUUCGGGCGGUGUGUGCUGUAUGAGGGCCUGAUCUCACGGUAGUCUCUCUCCUUGACUGGUGUGCGCGCCUCAACGAGAAACGCGGUGUCCAUUCGGGGAAAAAGCGGGGGGAUCUGAUGAUGCCUCGAGAAAAUAUGGCCUCUUUAAUACAGAAAAUCGCGAGGCAGGCGCGCGCAACUUUCAAAAACUGUGGUUCAUCUGCGCUGGGAGAUGGUAACAAAGUGUUUCUAGAGAAUCAUGUAAAGCUUAGGAAUCUUUUGAGUGAAAUUCGUGCAGAAGACCUUAAUAUUACUCCAAGAAAGGUGGACUCUACCCCCGUCUCCGUCCCUCAGAGCCCCCCGGUUACAUAUAUGCACAUCUGCGAAACCGAUGCCUUCAGUAUGGGGGUUUUUCUCCUCAAGAAUGGCAGCUCAAUUCCCUUGCACGACCACCCAGGGAUGCACGGGAUGCUUAAAGUCAUCUACGGCAAGGUGAGAAUUACUUGCUUUGACAAGCUGGAGGAUGGCCCCGCCACUGGCGGUGGCGUUAGCGGUGGGGGUGGCGUGGAGGUCAAGUUCAAUCCUCCCUUACUCCCCUACCAGCGUGAUUCUGUGAGUUCCUCUUUCCUGCGCUCUGCCGGAGAGUACACAAAGGACAACACUCCAUGCGUUCUGACCCCACAACGAGACAACCUUCAUCAGAUCAACGCCGUGGACGGGCCUGCAGCUUUCUUGGACAUCCUGGCACCCCCGUACGACCCUGAUGACGGCAGGGACUGUCAUUACUAUCAAGUGUUGGAGCCUGCGUCUAGUAGCGCGGAAUCCGGUGAACAGCAGCAGCACACCUGGUUGCUUGAAAUCCCCCAGCCCGCAGACUUCUGGUGCGGAGGAGAACCCUACCCGGGGCCACGGGUAUCGCUUUGAAGAAACUUUCCGGUGCAGUUGGGAACACUUUCGGGCACUCCGACGCCUACGCUUCUAAAGGGCGGCUCAGUUUUAUAAUGGAUCCUGGAGUAAACCUGCAGCUCGAGAGGAAUCUAUGCUUAUUACUUGUCAAAUGAUCAGAACAGCGGUGGCGGAGUAAACAAACCGAUUUCCAGAAACCUGUAACUCUGAAGCCAUAAUGUUUACACUGUUCUGUUUAUUCUUUAAUUGAUAACUAAUAAUAUAUAAUGUAUUGUUACGUUAAGAUCCCUCAUACUAAAUUUAUUUUGUUGUGUAUAAUAACAGAGAAAUAUAGCCUUAAUCCUGCCUUUAAUUUAUUGGAAGCUAUACGUUUAUCUUGAAUGUUUGUGUUUAGUUUAUUUACUCAAGAUAUUAUAAUGCAGUAGUUUAGCCAAACAAAAUAGGACAAAAGGGUAUGCAUUGAAAACCACGGUUUACACACGUAAAGAAUACUAUAUUCAGAUGUCAGAUACUUUCUGAAAAACGAGAUCAUUCCCACAAAGAAAACAGCCCACUCUAAUUCCAGAUUUACCCCAUUACUUAUAGCAUUUUCUUUUGAAUAAAGCACCAGUUGCUUACUUCAGCAUGUACUGUGCACAAGCAAAGAAGUAAAAAAUGAAAAUGUGCUUACACUACAGUUGUUAAAAGUUAUGAGCACACAUUUCUUUGACUUGCCACAGGAUGUAGUGAAAUUAUUGUUUGUUUUUUAAUUGAACAGUUUAAGUGCCCAUAUGUACUUUAUACAUUUGAAAUUAAAGAGAUACAAUGAAGUGCGUUUUUAGCUGCUUUUUCCUUUUACAUUAAGACUUGUUUCUUUGCUAGGUCUUAAAUACACCUGGUUACUCAAUUUGUUUAGUAAAUAUUUAAAUGACAAAUAUUAGGACACCAUGUAUCAUUCAAAAAGCAAAAUGAAAAAGUGCAGUAUAUGCUUCCAUAGUGUGAAACCCAGCCUGAAGUCCCACCAUUUUCUGAAUUUUGUUGCACGGAUGUGAAGAGCCAGUGUUAUCCCAGCAGUUCUGGAUGUAAGGCAGGAAGCAGCCCAGCAUUAGACGUCAUGGUCAUUUAAAAGUCAACAGUUAAUGGAACAUCUGUUUAAUUCAGUUUUAGGGUUUGCAUAUCCUGGCAGCACUGGAUUCUGUGCAGGCUGCCAUUCAAACACAGACAAUACCAACUCAUGCCAGGUCAAUUUAGAAUCGCAGAUAAUCUAACAUAAACAUCCCUAUUUGCUAUAAUUGUCAACAUGUUGCUGUGAUAUUAACAGAUAAUUAUAAAAUACUGUGUUGUGUGGUCCCUCUUAGAAUAUAUACCCAUGGUGAAAGCAUAGUUUUAAGUUUAAAGAGCCCAUAUUGCCAUUGAAAACACAAGCUGGCAGCUUUUAAACUUUGUUUCACCCUUAAUAAUGUGCUAUGUAGUGUUGUCACCAGUAACUUGAGGCUUGAUUGAUGCUUUACUUUAAUUGUUUUUUCUUUGUAAACAAAAAUGUGACAGAAAUAAUAACCAUCCAUUUCCUGACCAGUUUAUCUAUUUUAGGGUUGUGUCUAGCCAGUGGCCUUUCUGGAUUCUUGCAUAGAGCUAUCCAGUUUGUCACAGGCCAUGCUUACUCAUACUGGGCCAAGUUAGAUUUUCCAUUUUUCAGUUUGAUUAGUAAACUUUUUAAAUUAAACUAAA